AUGGUGUUCAGCAUCAACGUGGGCUUCUCGGACCUGCCCAACAAGGAGGGGAAGCGGCCGGAGGAGCGGACGUACGCCAUGUUCCUGGGGGACACCGUCCUCGUCGACGAGGAAGGUCCCGCCACCGUCCUGACGUCGGUGAAGAAGAAGGUCAAGAACGUCGGCAUCUUCCUCAAGAACGAAGACGAGGAGGAGGAAGAGGAGGAGAAGGACGAGGCUGAAGAUCUCCUCGGCCGCAGCUCCCGGGCGGCUCUUCUCACCGAGAGGACGCGGAACGAGCUGACGGCCGAGGAGAAGCGCCGCGCCCACCAGAAGGAGCUGGCGGCUCAGCUCAACGAGGAGGCCAGGAGACGCCUGACCGAGCAGAAGGGGGAGCAGCAGAUCCAGAAGGCCAGGAAGUCCAACAUCUCCUACAAGAACCCGGCGCUGAUGCCGAAGGAGCCGCACAUCCGGGAGAUGAAGAUUUAUAUCGACAAGAAAUACGAGACCGUCAUCAUGCCCGUCUUCGGCAUCGCCACCCCUUUCCACAUCGCCACCAUCAAGAACAUCAGCAUGUCGGUGGAAGGCGACUACACCUACCUCCGCAUCAACUUCUACUGCCCGGGCAGCGCCUUGGGUCGCAACGAGGGCAACAUCUUCCCCAACCCCGAGGCCACCUUCGUCAAGGAGAUAACCUACCGAGCGUCCAACAUGAAGACCCCGGGCGAGCAGACGGUGCCGGCGUUGAAUCUCCAAAACGCUUUUCGCAUCAUCAAGGAGGUCCAGAAGCGCUACAAGACCCGAGAAGCCGAGGAGAAGGAGAAGGAGGGCAUCGUGAAGCAGGACUCGUUGGUCAUCAACCUGAACCGCAGCAACCCCAAGCUGAAGGACCUCUACAUCCGCCCCAACAUCGCCCAGAAGAGGAUGCAGGGCUCCCUGGAGGCCCACGUCAACGGUUUCCGGUUCACCUCGGUGCGGGGGGACAAGGUGGACAUCCUCUACAACAACAUCAAACACGCCGUCUUCCAGCCCUGCGACGGCGAGAUGAUCAUCGUCCUCCACUUCCACCUCAAGAACGCCAUCAUGUUCGGGAAGAAGCGCCACACGGACGUCCAGUUCUACACGGAGGUCGGGGAGAUCACCACCGACCUGGGCAAACACCAGCACAUGCACGACCGCGACGACCUCUACGCCGAGCAGAUGGAACGGGAGAUGAGACACAAGCUCAAGACUGCCUUCAAAAACUUCAUCGAGAAGGUCGAAGCUCUCACCAAGGAGGAGCUGGAGUUCGAGGUCCCCUUCCGGGAGCUGGGCUUCAACGGCGCCCCCUACCGCAGCACCUGCCUUCUCCAACCCACCUCCAGCGCCUUGGUCAACUGCACCGAGUGGCCGCCCUUCGUGGUGACGCUGGACGAGGUGGAGCUCAUCCACUUUGAGCGGGUCCAGUUCCACCUGAAGAACUUCGACAUGGUGGUGGUCUACAAGGACUAUUCCAAGAAGGUCACCAUGAUUAACGCCAUCCCGGUGGCCUCGCUCGACCCCAUCAAGGAGUGGCUCAA